UAUAUACACUGCAGAGAAAGCAGAUCAGGUGCAUAAAUACAAUCCAUAAAAGUGAACAACAACAAAAAAAAGGAAUAAAGCUGCAAACACUUCGAAAAUGGAACGUAUUUGUGACUGAAGCGUUUCCCUGUAGAAGUCUUAUUUAUGGAGUGAAGCAAAUACUUUCUUCUCACCUGAGGUAUAAGGUGUCAAACCCAUCCAUACUAUCAAUACUGCUCUCCAACCACAGUCUCCAAAAUCCCAGAGAUAAUUUUUUUCAAUUGCUAAAAGAAUGGCGGGGAAAGAGCGAAGUCCUCGUCAUCGCCCCUGGUCUGUGUACCGUGCCAACACAUUUGAUAUCGCUUCUGAAAUGAUGGGCCUCACACUGACGGGGAACAGUCAGGACCCGGAUGAGCCUGUGCUGGAGUUCAGUCUGGCAUGCAGUGAGUUAGCGACUCCAACGGUGGAGCGCAAACCCAGUAGCUUUGUGGCAGUGAGCUGCACUACCCCUCCUCAAGCAUUUUGGACAAAGCAUGCUCAAACAGAAAUUAUAGAGGGAACAAGUAACCCAAUAUUCCUUAGUAGCAUUGCUUUUUUUCAAGACUCUCUGAUCACCCAGCAGACUCAAGUGAAACUUUCCGUCUACGAUGUCAAAGACCGUUCACAGGGGACGAUGUAUCUACUUGGUUCCGCCAUGUUUACAGUAAAAGAGCUACUUCAGGACAAAUACCAUAGGUUACACCUCACGUUAAGAUCAGCAGAGAAUGAGAAGAUUGGCAACAUCACUAUUAUCGCCUGGCAGAUGGAGGAGAAGAAAGACCAGAGAGCCCCACUGUCUCGAUCAGACACGAUAAAUGGCAGAAUGGUGCUACCUGUUGAUGAGAGUCUAACUGAAUCCAUGGGAAUGAAAUCAAAAUCUGCUUCUCUGUGCAAAGAUGUGCUCCUAAAAGCAGUAUUUGGAGGUACAAUAUCACGGAUGUAUCGUUUGCCCACCACGGAUGGGAACCAUCUGCGUGUCCUGGAACAGAUGGCAGAGAGCGUGCUGUCUCUUCACAUACCCAGACAAUUUGUAAAACUCCUACUGGAGGAAGAUGCUGCCAGAGUGUGUGAGCUGGAGGAGUUGGGAGAGUUGUCUCCAUGGUGGGAAAAUCUAAGGAGACAGAUCAUUGAUCAAUAUCAAACCAUCAUCCUUACCUACCAAGAAACACUAAGUGACCUGCAUGAGUACAAGGGUCCCUCUUUUAAAUCCAGUACUUUAAAAGCAGAGAAGAGGUUGGAGUUUGUGCCGACUAAUCUCCAUAUUCAAAGGAUGAGGGUACAGGGCGAGUCCGGCUACAAUCGAACAUAUGAUGUGGUCACUACUGGAGCCCCUGCAGCACAUCAUCAAGGUUUUAAGGGCAGCGGUUUGAGGAAACUAAUUCAAAAGUUUGAGGAGACUAAGAAACAUGCAUAUGAUGAUGAUGAGGAAGGUGCUGCAGAGUCUCGUCCACAUUCAGGAGUCUACCAGCCACAGGAUGUGAUAAGAGCAAAAGAAAUAAUUUCUCACAUUAACACUCUGAAGACGCAAAUAAGCUACUAUACAGAGCGCUUGUCCCGGGCCGCCAAAGAACGUUCCUCUAAUGCACUGGAGAGAACCCUUGGCAUCCUUACAGAGAAGACAAGGCAGCUGGUGACAGUGUGUGAUAACAAACUGCUGGCUACUGCCAUCCAGUCUCUGAGCGCAGCGCGACCAGACUUCAUCGCCUCCAAAAUCUCUCCCUCUGGGCCAGACAGUGAGCGUGUGGUUCUGCGUAAUGACCCAAGCUCUUCACAAGCCAAGUGGAGUGGCAAAGGGAACAGAACCUCCAUGAAUUUAGACUGGCAUGAGGAGGAGUGGGAGAAGGUGUGGUUGAAUGUGGACAAAAGUAUGGAGUGUGUAAUCCACUGUGUGAACAGGCUGUUGGCGAGGGAGAGGUUGCAGAGUGACAGCAGUGAAGAUGUCUUCAUGUCUGACCAGCAGCCCAACACUAGCAAGAGAGGUAGCCAAGGCAAUGCCUUCUGGAUCAACCCCAACCACCCAUCAUCAUCAUCCUCUCUUUGCACCCCCCUGCCUUCAUCACAUCCUUCUUCUGAUUCCCCUUCAUCAAUACCAACCUCUUCUCUGACCUCUGCAUGUGUAACCAGUUCUCACAGAUCUACCUAUGGAAGCCCGAGCAUUGAUAACUGCUCUCCAGGUGAAUGGAGCGAUGCCCUGUAUCCUCUACUGACUACACUAAAUGAGUGUGUAGCAAUGAUGAGUGACAUGGCAAAGAAGUCUAUGGUGUUUGUACUGAUGCAGGACUGUGCUCCCACCAUUGCUAUGAGCCUCACGUUACAGUACCGCAGAGACGUGGUUUUCUGUCAAACGCUGGCAGCGGUGAUCUGUGGUUUUGUAGCAAAGCUGAGGAAUUGUCUGUGUGAUCACGGCUUCCUUAGACAACUCCAUACUAUCGGCUUACUGGUCCAGUUUGAGGGUCUACUAAGUACUUACGGGGAGGAGCUCGCCAUGCUAGAGGACAUGAGCGUAGGCAUCAUGGACCUUAGAAACGUCACCUUUAAGGUUACUCAGGCGACCUCAAGCUUCGGUCCUGACAUGUUGCCUGUUAUCACGGGGAACAGAGAUGGGUUUAACGUUCGAGUCCCAGUGCCUGGGUCUGUGUUUGAUGCUUUACCACGGGAAAUCCAAAAUGGGAUGCUGCUACGUGUUCAGCCAGUUAUGUUCAACGUAGGAAUUAAUGAACAACAGACACUUGCAGAGAAAUUUGGUGACACCUCACUACAAGAAACAGUCAAUACAGAAAGUCUGGCACGACUUAACUCCUACUAUGAUCAGUUCAAGGAAGUGUUGCCUGAGGACUGUUUACCUCGUUCUCAGAGUCAAUACUGUAUACCAGAGCUACUGAAAUUCCUCACUCAAAAUGUGAACUCCAGAAAGAGUAAGAAUGUGGACAUACUUUCGCAAGCAGCAGAGUUGUGUCGGCGUCUCAAUGGUGUGCGGGUAACCAGCUGUAAGAGUGCAAAGGAUCGCACAGCCAUGUCUGUAACUCUGGAGCAGUGUCUGAUCCUGCAGCAGGAGCACUGCAUGGCCCCACAGGUCUUAAGCCAGGCUCUAGAAUGCAUGCGCAGUGAGGGCUGCAGGAGAGAGAAUACCAUGAAAAAUGUGGGCAGCAGGAAAUAUGCAUUCAAUUCACUUCAGCUGAAGGCCUUUCCGAAACAGUAUAGACCUCCAGAGGGUACUUAUGGUAAAGUGGAUACUUGAUUAGUAUACCACAACUCCUACUGUUCUUCACCAGGCUGCUUUCCCACUUUAUCCCCUUUACUUUGUUGUCACUAAUCUAAAGAAAAUGAUGCAAUGAAUUCAGUCAAAUAAAGACUCACCAUCACUGGACACAUAGGGUUGUAGUUCACAUAACUGCACAAGUCACUGGUCUCUUCUUAUAUCUGUGUUUUAUUAUAUUGGGACAGUUUGGAAGAGUAGGACUCCAUUCAUCCAGCAAGACAAGCAAUCGGCAACAGCACUAAGCUUAUCAGUUAAGGGGUGUAUUGUAAGCUACCAGUGCAAAUUACAGUUGUUUUCUUUUGUGUUUUUGUCUCUACAGAACCUCAGUUUUACAUACCUAGUUAACCAUGGACAUGUUUCUUGACCUGACAUAAAUCGUAUAUAUAAAUCAUAAAAAUCACAUAAAAAGAUUUUACUAUUUCUCAUAUCUUUAUCAGAUUGCACUUGUUCUUAAAUUUAUCUUAGUGUGUACAUGCUGAUGGACUGUAAUAACAAUGUCAUUUAUGCGCAGUCUGAAAAUGUAUUGCAUUGGAUGCACUAGAUACAUAAACAAUAAUUCAUUAUCUUUUUCCAUUCAUUAAAUGUGCACAUUAUAUAGAGCUGACCUGUAGUGUCAGUGAUGUAACAAGUUUCAUCAAGUCUUAUGCUAUCACAAGGCUAUACAUAUAUUGCUUUAAAUUAUCCCUUUAGCGUAAUAACAGCAGCAGUGUGUGUUUUACGGGUUGUAGAUUUUCAAGGAAUGGGCCUUUCUCAUGCUGUUGCUAAGCACAGGUAAAGUUUGUACAGUUAAUACAGUGAAAUGUUGUCAAUAGAUAUUAACAUAAUUUAACAAAGUUGUGUAAGAUAAUUAAGACUAUUCAGUUGUUUGUUGGUUGUAAACUGUUUGUAUGUGGGUUCUGUAAAUCUCUUUGGGUUUGUCUUGACUUCUGUCUUUGAAAAUGUAAUAACAUCCAAUAACAUUCAUUAUAAUUUAUGCUCAUGUAUUGGUAAUACAUGUAAGUAUUUUGUUUUGUUUUUCUUUUUAAAAACCUUUUUGUUUUUCUUUCAUUCAAACCCUAUUUCUCUUGUCAAAAAAGAAGCUCUCUUGACACUUUACUAUCAUUAAUCCUUUGUUAUGCUUAUAGCAUGAAAAAAAGCAAAGCCUGACAAAAAAAGUAUCAUAAACUUACUACGUAAAGUCAUAAUGUGACUUAUUCUUUGUUUUUAUUUGAAGGCUGUGCUAGCAGUGUAAGAAUGCUCCAAUAGCUAAACUUAUUUUGUUUUGCUGUUAAUGUCUACACAAACAUUGAAUUGUCUGUACAGAACUAUUCAUCUGAACAUGCAGCUAUUAAAGGCAGA